CUUGUUUCUGCAGAGAGGGCGCAUUGUUUCUGCAAAGAGAGAAUGAAAGAUCAAGAAAAUUUUUUAUGUCAUCUCAAUAUGAAAACUUCAACUACCCUUUCAAGAUUAAUGUUUAGUCUUCUUCUUUUGAUAGCUGUUCCCUAUCUCUUCUACUCCAUUAACUCAUUAAAGAUAUUGCGUUCUCCACCCAACCCAUCACCUCUUCCUCUUAGCCUACCGGUAACUCUACCUGUGCACCUAAAUGUGUCAACUUCCGAGCCUCUCCUAGAAAACCCUAAAACCUUGCACGAGAACACAACUCUCCAUCAUAUAGUUUUUGGAAUUGGAGCCUCUUCUAAACUAUGGGACCAUAGGAAAAACUACAUCAAGUUAUGGUGGAGACCUGAUGAAAUGCGAGGCAUCGUUUGGUUAGACGAGCAUGUAAAGAAAGAUCCAGAUGAUGAUAAUCUCUUGCCACCAAUAAUGAUAUCGAGCAACACGUCAGAUUUCCCUUACAAAAAUCCGAAAGGUCACCGUUCUGCGAUUCGGAUAUCGAGGAUAAUAUCAGAGACUUUGAAGUUAGGAAUGAAGGAUGUGAGAUGGUUUGUGAUGGGAGAUGAUGAUACGGUGUUUGUUGCAGAUAAUUUGGUGAGGGUUUUGUCCAAGUACGACCAUAAUCAGUAUUAUUAUAUAGGGAGUUCGUCAGAGAGCCACUUGCAGAACAUAUAUUUUUCUUAUGGCAUGGCUUAUGGAGGUGGAGGGUUUGCUAUAAGUUACCCAUUAGCGAAGGAACUGGCGAGGAUGCAAGAUAGAUGCAUAAAGAGGUAUCCUGAAUUAUACGGGUCAGAUGAUCGAAUUCAGGCUUGCAUGGCGGAGCUUGGAGUUCCACUUACCAGGGAACCUGGAUUUCACCAGUAUGAUGUGUAUGGUAAUUUAUAUGGGCUGUUGGCUGCACAUCCAAUUGCACCUUUAGUUUCCCUACACCAUCUAGACCUAGUGGAGCCCAUAUUUCCUGAUAUGGAUCGGAUCCAAUCCUUACAAAAACUCAAGGUCCCAAUGCAAUUGGAUUCUGCUGGGCUCAUGCAACAAUCAAUCUGCUACGACCAGACUCGACAAUGGACCAUAUCUGUAUCCUGGGGUUAUACGGUUCAAAUUUUUCGAGGCAUAAUUCCUCCCCGAGAGAUUGAAAAGCCAGCUAGGACAUUUUUGAAUUGGUAUCCAAAAGCUGGAUACAAAGCUUUUGCAUUCAAUACACGGUCAUUGAGCAAGAACUCAUGUCAAAGGCCCUCCAUAUAUUGUUUGGCUGAUGCAGUAUAUACUGGUAAUAAUAAAAAUGGCACAGUUAGCAUGUAUGUUGGCCCGAACAUUUCUAAUCCAGAUUGUAAGUGGAAGAUUUCCAAUCCCUCUCAGAUCGUUAAAGUGGAGGUUUAUAAGAGGCCUGAUCCCUAUUUUUGGAAUAAGGCUCCAAGAAGAAACUGUUGCAGAAUCUUACCAACUAAGAAAAAGAGAACUUUAGUGAUUGAUGUUGGGGAAUGCCAAAAAGAUGAGGUCAUUGAAAUACGGUGAUUUGCCUGAGUUUUUUUUUUU